GUUGUUGAUGUUCGGUUCCGCCAUAUUGGGAAGAAAUAUUAAGAAGUCCGGUCGGAGUAGCGAGAAAUAUCGGGCAAUUCCGCUUGCCCAACUGGGGAAGUAGGAAUCGCAUACAUGUGAUGGAUUCUUCGAUCGAUUGUGAAUCAUUUGAUUGAUAUUGAUUGAUCUUUGAGAAUUGUCUUCACUCGGCUAACCCUAGCAUAUCCUAGCUCUGGAGAGGCUUGCUGACAAUUGCAGUAAUGGCCUCCCAAGACCAUGAGACCAGUUUAGAGCACAUCCACUCAAGUGAGUACUAUCCAAAGCAAGAGAUGAUUGUAGAUGACGAAACACUCCAAGUCCCAUUUCCAUGUCUGUGCGGGGAAGGUGUGCGCUAUCUCGGCCGAACAGCCGAUGGGAUCAUCGCUUUGUCCAACUACCGCAUCGUGGUAUGCUUCAAGGAUUCUUUCAUCAAUGUGCCCCUCGGUCUGAUCGAGAUCAUAGAAUGUCGUGAUAUAUUCUUCCUGAUGAUCUAUUGUAAGGAUUCAAGAAUCAUAAGGUGCACUUUCCCAACCAAUGAUGGCUGUCUUGAGUGGUACAAGAGACUGAGCUAUUCGUUGACCACCCCGCGAGAACUCAACAAAGUCUUUGCCUUUGCAUUUUAUGCUUGGUGCAUGGAGAAUGUGUAUGACCAGAGUGCAGUUGAUGAUCUGGAUACAACAUGCCCUUAUCAAUCAGGAGAAAAUGUUCCAAACAUCUUUGAUAAGGAAGUUGAUCGACUGGGUUUUGAUUUGAAAGGACCAGCCUGGAGAAUAACCUAUGCCAAUGAGGACUAUAAACUUUGUCGUACCUAUCCCAAGUGCCAUAUUGUUCCCAAGAAGAUUGGAGAUGAAGUGCUUGAGGACGUGGCUGGUUUCCGAUCGUCUCGGAGAAUACCCUCAGUUGUCUGGAGAGAUAAGAAAAGUGGCGCUGUGAUAGCCCGUUGUAGUCAGCCCGAGGUUGGCUGGCUUGGCUGGCGGAGAACGGAAGAUGAAAACUUCCUUCAGGCGAUUGCGACUGCUUGUGCCUUGAAUCCUGGUGUAGAUACUUGUCAAGCCGCAGAGAGCUUUAAUAAUGUACCGAAUGGUCAUGUCGAGAAUGGUGCUCCUUCAGAACCUCAGCCAAAGAAACUCCUGAUUGUGGAUGCCAGAUCGUAUGCUGCAGCCGUGGCUAACAGAGCUAAGGGAGGAGGAUAUGAAUGCCCAGAAUACUACCCAAAUUGUGAAAUCCAGUUCAUGAGUUUGGCCAAUAUUCAUGCAAUCAGGAAAAGUUUUAUGGCGAUCAGGACUCUGUGUAUGGGCGGAGCAGAACAACCAAACUGGUUUUCUUUGCUUGACAAUUCCAAGUGGCUUCACCACAUAGCGGGCUUGAUGAAGUCCGCCAUCAUCGUGGUGAAUGCCAUUGACAAGGACGGCCGACCUGUGUUGGUCCAUUGCUCAGACGGAUGGGAUAGGACACCUCAAAUUGUAGCUCUGGCUGAGCUCAUGUUGGAUCCCUAUUAUCGUACACUUGAGGGAUUCCAAGUUUUGGUGGAGAGAGAAUGGUGUGAGUUUGGCCACAAGUUUGCAGAUCGUUGUGGUAGUGGUAUCAAUAGUGAUGAUGGAAACGAAAGGUGUCCAGUGUUUCUUCAAUUCCUCGACUGCGUACAUCAACUGAUUCGACAGUUUCCUUGUGCUUUUGAGUACAAUGAGGCCUUUCUGGUGAAGUUGGUGCAGCACACCUACUCUUGUCUGUUCGGGACUUUUCUCUGCAACAGCGCUCGAGAAAGGGCGGCGGAAAACAUCAAGUGUGUGACGUUCUCAGUGUGGACGCUACUCAAACAUGACUGCUGGAAGAUGAAGAAUUACCUCUACGUCAAACAUGAUGAGGUGCUGCGGCCAGUUUGCCAUGUGAGGAACAUGCAGUUAUGGAACGCCAUCUACCUAGCAAAUACCUCACCAAUGACAGAUCGAGUCCAAGACGAGACGGAUGGCGGAACUCAGGGUAUUGAAGAAGAGGAACAGAAACGACAGGAGCAAAUGCCGCUUUCGAAGACUCGCUCGUGUGACAACAUAGUUGCUGCUUUGGAACAUGCCACAAUGCUCACCCGCACUUCGAGUGACCCUAAUAUGAGCUCAGAUCUUCACCAUGAUCCCAAAUAUUUGCUGCAAGCUGAAGCUGAGACCACUCUGGAUAAACGUGUGGAACUUAACCUUCCCAUGGAGAAGGUCAAGUACGACAAUGUCCCAAGCUCGGAGACAAUUGAUGAGGCUCGUGAUGGCCUUCUGAACGGCCACUGUGAAGGGGAAUCCAGUGAUGGUGAAGAGAAGAAAUCAGAGGAAAGUAGUGCCACUGAGAGUGAUGGUGAUUAUGAGAAUUCGAAUGGGAUGAACAGGACAGUGGAAGAUAAUGCUAAUAGUGCCAAAUCAGAUGAGGAGUUGAUGAAUGGGGAGGCUAAUGACUUGAAUAUGUGCAAUGGACAUGAUACCACUGACCAAACUAUCUGUGAUAAUUCUAGUGAAACUGAUGCUCUCCAGUCGAUCACGAGCUCGACAGACACUCUGACGGAGGAGAGCACACUGGCUGGCUCCAAGUCAAAGACAGACAAUACAGCAGAGGAGAAUGACUUGGCCAGUCAGCAAUCUAGGUCUAAUAACAAUAUUUCUAGGAUUCAUAUGAAUGGUGAUGUCAUGAAUGGGCAUGUGAAUGGUGAUUCGCAGGAGGAAUUAGAAAAUCGAUUACGAGAAGAACAAGAAGUCUAUGCUAGUAUUAGUACAAGUACGACUGAUAUCAGUGACUCUCACGUCAGGAUUAAUUUGAAUGAGAAGUUCCUAUUCAAUGGGCAAAGUAUGAGAAUAAAUGAUUUAACAUUGAGUCUUACUAGCCCAGUGGUUGAACCUGCGGCUAAGAUAUCGAGGGGUACUUCUACGGAUACUCGGAAUGGAUCAAGCAAAAGUUCAACUAGUGGAUCCGAUUCGGAGCAGUCCACGCCGAAUAUGUCUCGAACACCAAGCUCAACUUGCCCUCCAACUCCUAGUGCUGAUGUCAAACUAUCGGAACCAGGAUUUGCUAAUCGCGGUGCCAACUUAUUAGCGAGGAGGUUAGACGUAGAUGGCCUGACCCUUCAGGUCGAUCCAGUUCAAGUACGGUUGCAUCAGAAAGAGCAGGAUCAUCGCCAUCGUGUUGCAAAGUUGGAACGCCAGCUUCAGGCAGCCAAGGUAGCACUGUAUCAGUAUGCCUCUGGGUGUAAUGGAGCCGGAAAGCAUAUGAAUGGAGAUGCAAGGGAUGAGGAGUCGUCACUCCCCGACUCAAUAGGCAGUGGUGACCUGACCUCGCUGGGUAACUGUAGCAAUACAGCCUCCGACUUAUCAUGGGAGGCGAUUGAGGAGAAGGAUGCCAGGAUGACACUCUGGGUGCCAGAUCACGCGGCCACACACUGUGCUGGUUGCCAGAGCGAAUUCUGGGUUGUUAGACGCAAGCACCACUGCAGAAACUGUGGCCGCAUCUUCUGCGCUACGUGUGCCGAUUACUUCAUCGCAAUCCCGCAGCAGCAGCUGAUUGACCCUGUGCGAGUGUGUCGCUCGUGCUACAAGACGAUCAGUUCAAGCUUGAGCCUCGAGACCAAGUCUGACACUGCUGCUCCCUUGGACACGACAUUAUGUGCAGCUGCCGCAGCAGAAGCUUAAAGCGUAGUCUUGUCCUGCUGAGGAUAUGUGGAUGUUAUCCUCCCAGGGCUGACUUUGGGGCGUGAAAUUCUUAUCAUGAUACCAACGGAUCUGUCCCAUCCACAUCCCAUCAAGUGCUCCUGCCAGAAGGGGGUAGUAAUAUAGUAUAUUGGCAAGCAGGGGCACUUCCAGAAGGAGAAGGUCAGGAUAGGAUUUCACAGCACACAAUCAUUGAAGUUUGAAGGAGUCGAGCUAAGACAAUUCUGUAAAAGCGGGAACGAUUCACUUAACAUGUGGAUGCCACCUUGUGAUACAAUGUAGAAUAUAUAAAUACUAUCCAUGUUUGUUAUUAUGUUAUAUUGUAGUUGGCCAUAGUCUCGUCACAGGGGAAGGUCUCUCAUGUAUGUAGAUGUAACGAUAGUGUGUAUCCAUUGCUGUAAAACUGGCAACAUUGAAAAUGACCGUUAAUAUUUAUAAUGUAUAGACAGCCUCAGUCUACUUGCUGAAAAAAUAGUAAAUAUAAUUUGCUUGGUCUUAAAAAGAUCCUUUUAUGAUAACAUUUUAAAAAGGCAUCCUUGCAGGAUGCUUUCCUUAACAGUUGGGACGGUGAUUUUGGGAAAGGAAAUGUUCAUCUUGAAUGAUUUUACUUGGGUCCUUUGUUUAACUUCUUCCUCUGUGACCUGAACCAUGCCCAAGGACCAUAGUCGACAUUGUGCUGUAGCCAUUGGUGUAGCCAUAGUAUGACCAGUUGAGUCUUUGGACAGAAAACGCUGUGUUUUCCUUGCCAUGAGUCAUCAAAUGUCAACAUUACGUUAGUCAUGAGUCAUUUAUGUUAUUCACGACCAGUACUGCAAGGCUUGGGAUGAUAUUGGUGGGGAUUGAUCGGUCGGUCAUUUCAACCACUUAGACAUAUCAGUAGCAGCUCAUGAUCUGGUUUGGUGUGGUCUGUCUAUGAUUUGAUCUGCUCAUCAGUCACUCCUCUUAAUUUUGUUGGACUAUUUCAAAAUUCAAACAUGCACAAUGGUUAAAAGGAGAAGCCAGAUUUGAAGCAAAUUGCUCAAGCUGUCUUAAUUUUACUGGUGAAAAGACCAAAUCUGAGGAAUUUUUAAAGGAGUUCCAAACUUAAUUGCAUUUUUCUCCAAAUUGCAAAAUGGACUUCUCAGUGUUUGUCACCAGACUCUUCAGUUGUGCCCAUAACGUGUAGUAUAAUGAUGCCCAGUGCGCAAGAUUGUACAUGUACAAGGCUUUGAGGAAAUGUUACACAAGGGUCGAAUCCUAAUCAAGACAAUACAGAGGCUGCUUUGAUUCUCGAUUAUUUCCUAUGCUUGGCAGUGCUUCAGUAGUCUUAUUUGUGAGAAAUUCAUUUAGUAUUUGCUCCAUUGAUGUAUACACAAGGGAUGUGCUAUGAAUGCGGGAAGUGUGCGGGAAAAGUAUGAAUAUUAGGCCACUUGUCCCUCGCAAUGAAAAUUCUAUUCAUAACUCGAUGCAUUCUGGUCCUCAUCAUGUAGUGGUUCACCAAGUAUCAAUGGAAUUAACAUAACUUUCCUCCACUUCUGACUGAUUUCCUUGUUUAUUUACAUCGGUUGGUGAAUUGAUUUCAGUGUAAAUAUGUGUUUUGUUUAGUGCCAUUUGUGAGUUGGGGAAUGUGCUACCGCUUGAGUUGAAGAAUUGGAAAUAUCUACAAACAUGUAAUUGGCAAGAUUUCACCUACUGCAACAUCAUAUGGCAAAUAAAAUCUAUUGUGGU